AUGAGGAUACGAUCAUGCAUAUCACAACGAAGAAUACUGCUGAUCUUGCUUAGUUUCUGUGUCCUACUUUCGUCCCAAAGAAGUUGUCUUUCCCUGGUCAAAGCCGUCGAAAUAGAUUCGAAACAUGUCGAACCGAAAGAGAACAAUGACGACAACGACACGACAACCACCACCUCUUCUCUUCGAAGUCGUCCAACACCAUCAUCCACGCUAAAAGAGGAAAUUCCGACGAAACGACAAAUAGCUGCCGGAGGUAUUUUACGAAAGGCUUUCCUACGAGGUUUGAAUGGUGGCAUUUCCGGACUCAUCGCUGGUUGCAUCCAAGUCAUUACGUUGAUGUGGCUGCGGACUGUCAUUAAUUAUCAAUGUCGGUAUGGAACUACCUUUCGCCAUGCCAUUGAUCUCUUGUAUCGAGAAGGUGGUGUCGGUCGACUCUACGAAGGCGUCGGAUUUGCAUUGAUUCAAGCCCCCAUGUCCAAAUUCUUUGCCACGGCGGCCAACGAUGGCAUGCAAGCGAUAUUGGCGUGUUUUGAUAUUAGUAGAUCUUGGGGGAUUGGAACUCAAACCUUUUUGGCGUCCAUCGUGGUGGGAUGUUUUCGGAUGGUGCUCAUGCCAAUUGAUACAUGCAAAGUGGUCUUGCAAGUGGAUGGGAAACAAGGAUUUCGGGGAUUGCUGCUGCGAGUAAAGGCGGGAAACUUUGGUGUCUUGUAUCAGGGAGCCAUUAUUAAUUCGAUUUCUUCUGCAAUGAGUAACUUUCCAUGGUUCUUUAUCUACAAUCUGCUUUCCAAAAACCAGGUUGUCAUGAGCCUCGUCCAAUCGCCUCUGGUUCGCAACGGGUUGGUGGGAUUUUGCGCGAGCCUUGUCAGUGACACCAUUGUCAACCCUUUACGAGUCAUCAAGACAACCAAGCAAUCCAUGGGAUCCAAACAUGAAGGAAUUACGUAUGGGGAUACUGUUCGAAUGAUAUUUACAGCAGAUGGAUGGAAAGGAUUUUUUAUUAGAGGCUUAAGGACCCGCAUGAUUGCCAAUGCCAUUCAAUCCGCCUUGUUUACCAUCAUAUGGCGAAAGCUUGCCGACGAAUGGGGGAACCGUGCCGAAAAUGUAGAACAAUCCUCAACGAUAGGAGCAAAGUAA